AAAGGAGAUGUUGCUCUACUUAUUCUUACCACGGUUUGAUUUGUUCUUUCUUUAGCGUCUGCCUUUAGCGUGUUGGUUUGCUUUUCCGAAGCUCUCGGGCGGGUUUGUUCACCACUACAAUUCCACCAACGUUUUUUUCUCUGAGAGGAUUGCAUGCUGAUUUGUGGGAAUUCACUUGCAAUAUGUGCAUUGUAAUCCUACUGGCUUUGAUAUGCAUCUCUGCAGCGUUUCCUAUUUCCAACCAUUCAAGAUCAUUUAUUCUGCCCCAAUGCGACAACCAAUGUGCCAAGACCUGUAAAGCGUCAGGCACGUCAUGGCACAUGAGGUGCGGCUGGGCUAGAUUUGCUACCUUCUCCAAGGACGGCCAGUCCAUCGCCAACACCUCAGCACUAACAGCAUCCAGCAUGACAAUCAGGAGGAAAGUCAGGCACGACGGUGACUUGCAGGUACUGGAGAUACUGGACGUGCAAGCAAUUUACCACAGCGGCGAGUAUCGCUGUCAGGGGGUGGAUGAACUUCGAACCAAGGUCUGGACAAAAUGCGAGUGCCUAGUAGUUACAGCGCAACAACAGGAACACCAACAAUGUCUGGCGGCGACACGGCCGAAGAUCUAUCCGCCGGGGCCGCGCAAUGUGAGAGGCAUCGAAGGUCAGCCCAGCCUAGUGCUGGAUUGCUUUUCAAAAGGCGGUGCUACACACUUUCGUCGAUGGCUCUCCAAUGGCACACUUAUCCCAAACGCUAACCCGUGGAGCAACACCUACGUUCUGCGGAACGUGACGAGAACCAUGGCCGGCCAGUACAGGUGUGAGCUGCUGGAGAAGCAUAAACGAGAAUACUAUGACAGAGUUGAUUACUUCGUCACAAUACAGCAAGCCGUUCUUCCGGAAGCACCAAGUAAGCCUGAAGCGCGGCCAGGUUAUAAAAUCGUGAACAUCGAGCAAGACCGCGAGCCAAAAGCCAAACUUAUCUUCCAAAGCACAUCCCGUCACGGUCGUAUGAGCCUGGCGGUGAACCACCUGGUCGAGAGGCUCGAGCAGAGCAGAGCCGACCCCAAGCACGACUUGACGCCGUCAGAAGUCAGCUCCAGACUCCCAUACAUGUCCUCGUUUCUGAUGCUGUUCGUAGACCGAAAGGUUGACUGAACAAAAGACAUUUGAGUAUAGUGUAGAAAGCAAUGCAAUUUGAGGUAUGGCUGUUUGCUCACAGUAUAAUUUAAUUUUAGAUUAUACUUCUUUAUCUUGUGUAAAGGCCAACAUCCGUAUCUAAACACUAUCCUUGUGGGUUGCUAUGAACGUAGGCAUGAAUUCUUCAAACUGUAAGUGUGUGCAAAUUGUAUUGACAAAAUAUCCCUAUCCAAAUUCCUCAAUUGAUCCAUAAUAUUCAUGUUGACCCUUCUAGUUUUCAGGGUGAACAAGCAUGGAUUGUACUUUUAUAAUUAUGUUCUGUCAGGAGUCUGUUUCCUGUGGAACGUUAUUUUUUCUUAUUGACUGAAAGGAAAGAGGUCCUGGAAGAUUUGAAUAGUUGGCAUACUUAAGAUUGCGCUUAGAUUUUACCUCAAACCUUGCUAUUCAUGGUUCUAUAGACUUUAUGAAACAUGUUUGUUUGAUUUCGUGUAGCAAGAAGAGAAUAUAUUUUUCCUCCCUUCUUCUCCAGAACCCUACAUUCCUCCUUUAUCAUGACUCUGACCGUACUGGUUGGUAGCAUGCAGGUUGCUUUUAAAACUUUUAAGAUACACGUUCAAGCUUACUGUUCUAGUUAUACAUGUACAUGUACAUGUAAGCGUCCACUUCACCACCUGUGACCACCACCACCAUUGCGCUCUGCGGCCGACCAUGUUCAUUCUCCGUUUACAUGUAAAAAUAAAGUAAAGGUACAACACGCUGUCUGAACAGUGACUAGGGGUAAUAAAAUAUCCACACUUCCUACGGCUGACUCCAUCAGCCUCUAAUUCUGAGGAGGAUGAGCAGGUCUAUAUUACUGUGAUACAGAUUUCAUUACAGCUGUCCCUGUUACCGAGGUGGUAGAUACAUUGUGUAUGGCUCUUAGGCAGGAAGGAAUCUACCUGUAUGUGCUGAAAGUCCAGCAUUUUUACGUCAUGUUCCACACGUGACAUUCACGCGUAAUUAGUAGACAUGAUGUGAGAGGUGACAUCCGUACUUAUUGCAUACUACCCUCUCUAUUGGUCGCUUUCGAUGAGCCUGACUCUCAUAAAACACUGCACGCCAGUUGAUAUCUGGAGUACGUAAGCACGGUGUGUUCCAGUACGGCAGUAGUGAUGAAGGCCUCCGCGAGGGCAGUAGGGAGACUUGCCGGAGUGUACUUUCAGCAGACCGUUUUGUCUUUUACGUAUUAAAAAGUUCAGGAAUCCACCACCUAUUAUCCUUUAUCUGCUGAG